AUGAGCCUGGACAUUGAUACACUGCGAGUCUUCGACAUGGGCCUCCCAGACUUUCGUACCGCCACUGGUAUAUCUGUGCUUCCCGUACGAAAACUACUCUCGAUUUCAAAGAUGUCCUUCUACAGGCGUGCCACGGACCGCGACACUAUGUGGCGUUUCGAAAGUCCUCUCGGUGAAGCCCUAGAUCUCGAGAAGCUCCCGAAACUCGAAGAGUUCUCUGUGAUCUUCCCCAACGUGGCUGGAUAUUGGAUGAUAGAGGGUCUUCAACGCGUCAGAACUCAGACUGACGUCCCAGACUCUGCUCAUACUGGCAUCAAAUGGCAAUUCAACACUGGCCUCUAUCCAGUACCCAGCUGGAAAGGACGAUCCCAUGACAGCCACUUCAACGGCUCAGAAAAACCAUAUAUGCAUCCAGAUGCUCCUAUUCUCAAAGAAGCCAUACCAUACGUGGGCCAUUGGGGAUACGAGCACAGUCCCGGGGCUAUUGGCGGCUAUUGGGCCAGUUUUCAGUACUUUGAAAAGACCAAGGACGUGUAUUUCGGCCCUCUUUCAUGGAAGGAAGUUCAGCCCCUUGUCAAGGGUCCCUUUGGAAAGAAUGAACGCGAAGUUCUUUAA